AUGGAUGGCAUUGGUACGGUAACACGUCUACCGUCACUUAUCUUCGAUACAUCACGUUGUGAUGAUAGUUUUGCUGAUCGACUUUCAUAUAAAUAUACAGUUUUUAUGCUUGUUCUUUUUGCUAUUGUUGUUACAAAUAAACAAUUUAGUACUAAGCAUAUACAAUGUUGGGUUCCUGCACAAUUUACGAAAAAUUAUGAGGAAUAUGUCAAUGAUAUAUGUUGGGUAUCAAACACAUAUUAUAUUCCUCUUGAACAAAAAGUGCCAAAAUCCGAACGUGAAAGACGUCGAACGGAAUUACGUUAUUAUCAAUGGAUACCAUUUAUCUUAUUUCUUCAAGCAUUUUGUUUUUAUUUUCCACAUAUUAUUUGGCGUUCGUUAUCACGUCGUAGUGGUAUUGAUAUCCGUGAUAUAGUUGAUGCAGCUAUUAAUUAUAAAUCAGUUGAUACAGCAACAAAAGAUGAUAAACAUAAAAAUGAAUUAAUGGAAUAUAUUGUUGAAACAAUUGAUAAAUAUGUUGAUGAUCCACGACGGCAGCCUGAUAAACGUAGUAAAUGUAUGAAUUUAAAAUAUAUAUUAAUGACGAUAUGUAUUUGUAUGGGAAAAUAUUUGGGUAAUUAUUUAAUUAUUGUUUAUUUUACAACAAAAGCAUUAUUUAUAACAAAUGCUGUAUGUCAAAUAUUUUUAUUAAAUUUAUUUUUGGGACAAGAAUUUCAUCUAUUUGGAAUACAAGUACUUAAAAGAAUUCUUCAAGGACGAGGUUGGGAUACACAAUCAAGAUAUUUUCCAAAAGUAACAUUAUGUGACUUUCAAAUAAGAGAAGCUCUUCAUCCAAAUGAUUCACAUCGUUAUACUGUGCAAUGUGUUCUUCCAUUGAAUUUAUUUUCUCAACAAAUUUUUACUUUUAUUUGGUUUUGGUAUAUGAUGGUUUUUAUAGUUUCUAUAUUUGAUGUUAUUGUUUGGGUAAUACGUUUUCUUCCUAAGAAACAAUACAAUUAUAUAAAACGACGUUUACAAUUAAUGAGAUGUGAUAAUGAUUUUAGUAAUCAAUCACCUGAAUAUGUUAAAAGAUGGUAUAUGGAAUUUAUACAUGGUUAUCUUGAACCAGAUGGAAUAUUUAUCCUUCGUUUAUUAUCAUCGAAUACAAGUGAUUUUGUUUGUACUGAAAUUAUUAAUCAAUUAUGGCAAGCAUUUUAUGCUAAAGAUUCAAAACAAUUAAAACGUAAAUAUAAACGCACAACAGAUGGUGAACAAAUUACGUCGGAAAUAAAAAAUCCAAUAUCAGAUUCUGUAGAUUCAUCGGAAAGUUAUGAUUCGAUUCGACGUCGAAAUAUAAAUUUUUCAUCGAUUCCAACUCAAAUAUCCUCAACAAAUAAAAAAGAUAAUGGUUAUGGAUCAUUAACAACAGGCAAAAAAUCUUCUUUUAUGCCUCUAGUUGAAAAUGAUGUAUAA